CACCAGUGGUGUCCGGACCAGUCGAGUUGACGGUGUUGUUGUGGUUGUAUUUUCAGAGUGUCUUCUUGAAACAGUUUUUGAAGUUAAGAAGCCUUUAAAUUAAGUUCGGCAGAAAGUCCAUCUGGAAUAACUCCGCUGGCAUAAUGAUGAAAAUAUUGUUGGUGUGUGCCGUGGUGUUAGGGGUCGCCCAUGCUCACACUCUGCACCUGGGUAGGACCUGCCCCAACGUCUUGCCCUUCCCCAAUCUCUCCGUCGACAAGGUGCUGGGGGUGUGGUAUGUGGUUUAUAAAUUCGACACUAGCAACACAUGUUUGAUCUGGAACAUCACCCGGGGACAGCUACCCGACACACUGCUGGUGAAGGAGACCAGACAGCUGGCUAUGUUAGACCUCCUGGGUGUUGACCACACACACGCUGUCACCGCCAUGGUCGACAUACCCAACCCUGAGGUGCCAGGCAAGAUGCGUGUACGCUGGCCCACCUCAGCACUGACCGGCAAGGCUGACUUCGUAGUGUUUGACACAGACUACCAGAGUUAUUUGGCAGUGUUUGAGUGCGAUAAAGCCGGGCUGCUACACCGCCGCUCAGUCACCAUACUCUCGCGCACUAGCACCAUCGAUGAUAUGUUCGUCAACAGGGUGCGACGUCUACUAGACACUGCUGAGGUGAAGCACUCUGCUCUCUCCAACAUCAGCCACGAGUCCUGCCGACGUUCAGGACAACACAACUGGCACGUGGACGAGGAGCUAUUCGGGCUGCUGCCGGGGGUGAACGAGGAUGAGGUUCGGAGGCGGAUAUCUGAAGGAGUCCAGGACUAUGACAUCUCUCAGUUGGAGAUCAUUGGCGAGGGCGUAGACUCUUUCAGAGGCAGCCUAAAGAGCGCCCAGGACCAACCUGUUGUUUAGCUAACUAGUUCUCAUUGCCCUCUACUCUACCUGAUCUUACCUUUCUGAAUUGACGCUCUGGCCUUUUGCCUACUGAAACACCUUUUGGGUGCAAUAUUACCUAAAGGGUCAGAUUAGUUUAGAGCCUAUAUUGGUACUAAAGACUCGCGGGUCACUGAUAUGAAAGAGUAAGUUUAUUAAAUGUUGCUUCAAAGGCAGUUCUUGAAUUUUUAAAUACAUUCAGAGCAUUUAAAGUUGCGUAUCAAUAAGCUGCUAGUGUAGUCAGUCAGUACUGUUGUCAAUGGAAGAUCACUCUUGAUGACAGUAACUUGCAGGGACCACUACAUAAUAUGCAUUGAUGGCAGAGGUGAUGUUGAUGCUGGGAGAUGUAAAAUUGAAACUAAAGUUGCAAUUCAUGGCAUCUCCUAUAUUAAACAUUUUUAACCUGUAAUACUUUAAUAUUUAUUUUAACUACUAAUUGAAUUCAAUGUACUACACUCAUAUGCCAUAAUCUUUCUAUAGUACACCCGUAAUGAUAUUUUAACUAACAAAAUAUUUUGGUAUUAUAAUUUACCGGAAAAACGGUAAAUGACAAUCUCGGGUCUGUAUCAUUAUGAAACGAGGGAAAGUGCUGAAUCCUGAGGGUCAUACAGUGCACAGCAAACUCCUUUAUCCAAGAAAGAGAAUGUCCACUUCCUUGGAUUAUGUAAAGUUUCAAGUUUUGAAAGCUUGUGGUGUUGGUGUAUCCAUAGACUGUCCUGGAUUAUGACCAAAGAUUUGUCAAACCCAAAUAGGUGGUGUCAUUUAUAUUACUACUUAUCAGAACAUGUAUUAUCGUAUUACAAAUAAAGUAUUAAUUUUUACUUUAAA